AGUAUUUUCAGUGAAUUAUUUAGGCGAAUAGCCUAGGAAGAAAUUGACUCCUUGCGAGAAAACGUAAAAACUGAAAAUUGUGACCGGAGUGUUGCGGCAUUUUUUGUAACACAACUAGAAAAAAAAGGAAGACCUUAAAGAAUAUGCAGAAUACUUCUUUGAACGCUAUGCAGAGGAAAACAAAGACGCGUGAAUAUUUAAGUUUUGGCGGCAGUGGUGUGUUGUUCGCUCAUCGUGUAAGGUUUGUUGUCGUCGAAGACUAGCAAAAUGGCUGGUGUUUUUGGCAUUCAUGUGGGUAAUUCUUCUGCCUGCUUGGCGUAUUGUAAGGAUGGGAAAGUUGAUAUUAUAGCAGACGACAGUGGCAACAGAAUAAUGCCUGCAAUAGUCGCGUUUGUAGACGGUGAAGAGGCUGUUGGACUCCCAGCGAAGGCAGCUCUUGUUAGAAAUGCCACAUGUGCUAUUGUUCGGAAUAAGAAACUCUUAAAUGACAGUAUUCCUGACGACGAACUUGAGCAUCAUAUAAAGUCAGUGAAAUGUAAAAUAGUGACCGAAGGAGGCCUGAAAUAUGAAAUCCGAGAUGAAUACAAGAUUGCUGCGUAUACCCCAGAAGGAGUCAUGACCCGCAUAUACAAAAAGCUGUUUGGCUUUGCUUCCACAUGUGUACCUCCAGAUACAGAUCUGCGCACAGUCCUGUGUGUCCCCUUAAAUUUUUCGAAGUGUAGUCGUCAGGCACUGGCACGUGCAGCAGAAGAUGCAGGAUUCGAUGUUCUGCAAGUAAUUAGUGAACCUAUAGCAGCCUUGCUUGCUCAAGGCUGUGGUGUUGAGUCCCCAGAUGAGAGAGGGCUUAAUCACCACAAAAACAGAAGGCAGAUUUGUACCAUAUAUUACCUCAUAUGGUGAUGGACCAACACUACACUAGACAUCAGAAUUGUA